GCGGGCUAAACUCCGGCUAUAUUUGGAACAGCUAAAACAGCUUGUGCCUCUCGGGCCGGACAGCACCAGACACACCACUCUAAGUCUGUUGAAAAGAGCCAAGAUGCAUAUCAAGAAAUUGGAAGAACAGGACCGAAAAGCUCUAAAUAUUAAAGAACAAUUACAGCGGGAACACCGCUACCUCAAACGCAGAUUGGAGCAGCUAUCCGUGCAGGGCAUGGAGCGUAUCCGCACUGACAGUAUGGGAUCAACAAUAUCCACUGACUCUGAACAAGAAGUAGACAUUGAAGGAAUGGAGUUUACUCCAGGUGAAAUGGACAGUAUUGGAAGUGCCAGUGAUGCUGAAGACCACUACAGUUUGCAAAGCGGUUCGAGUGACGGAGGUUACACACAUUCCCGCAGACUGAAUGCCAGGCUCUCAUAGUGCCUGAGUUACCCGUUCAACUCAGGACCAUCUGACUGAAGCACUUAUAUAUGAAUAUUCCAGAGGUGUCAACUGCCACUCUUCCGGGAAACCCCAACCACAGUACUCUGACAUGGAGGUUUCUUACCCACGGUUCCCUGCACUGUAACCACAAUAUUAGAUAUUGUAAAUCAUGGGUUUGCUGCAGAGAACUGUGGUUAGGUACAGUUGUGACUUAAAGCUAGCUUGAUGUAGCCAUACUGCAAAUUAAAGAAAAUAAAUUUUGUCAUUCCAUUCAAGAAGUAUUAAAUUCAAACUGUUGGAAGCAUGGUGUAAGGGAGUUUGACAGUUAUUUUGAUUUUGCAGAAACCAUUUCAAACAUGGAAGAAUAAAUGGAAUCUACGAUGUGUUAGGGAUUCGGAGAUACGAAAACCUAAAACUACUUUUUGUGGUAUUUUUUCAUGAGAAAAAACCCCAAAACAUUUUUAACGCUGUAUAGCAGGUUCUAUAGAGUAAAUUCUUUCAGCAGUUGUUGUUUGGGUGAAGCAGGCAGAUAACUCUUCAAAUCUCAGAUGAUCUUUAGAAAAGGUCAUAUUUACAAGUCACUACUGUACUUCAAAACGGGGGAAAAGCCAGCUCUAAUGAUGACUUCAUGUGGGAUGAUCUCAACUUUCUUUUGCUUUUUUGUAUUCAAUAUCCAACCAGCAGCAAAUCAUUCUAUCCAUGUUAAUGGGAGCAGCAGAAAGCAACACUGCAAUUUUAACCUGUUAUCGUGGAAUGGAUGACAUUUGAAGCAUUUCAGUGUUUUUUUGGGUUGUUUUUUUUUCAUUUCUUUGUCUGAAGAAUACAGAACUCAAGUGAUCCAGUUUGUGAUAGUUAAUCUUUCCUUGCAAGGAAAUGAAAUCUCUGUUUGCUUGUAUUUUUUUUCUUUUCUUCUAUUUACACAUGUCAAAACAUUUUUAUGGAAGGCAUGGCUUAAAAUUACAGUAUUCAGCUAGAAGAUAAUUAAUCUUUUUUUUUCUUUUGCACACUAUAAUUGCAUUUUCUAUUCUUAAAAAAGUGCAAAAAAAAUAAAAUGUAUGCUGUAAAACAGCAAAGUUUAUUUAGUACUCAUCAAGCUGUUCAGAACAUAUUUACCCAAAUUGUAGCAAUACUAUGAAGAUGUAUUUUAAUACAACUUCUGCUUAGUGAAGUCAUUAGAGCUUGGCUUGCCGGGUAAGAAAAAAAUGGACCAGUCUUUGCAUUAUCUGUUUAAAGAAGGUCUUUUAAAAAAAAAAAAGAAGAAAAAAAAAGAAAAAAAAAAGGAAAAAAAAAGAAAAAA